AUGAAAGCUUUCCGGUUGCUAGAAUGGGGCAAGCCAGGCCAGUACUGCGAGGUGCCCGUCCCAUCACCCAAGCCAGGUGAGGUCCUCAUCCGCAUGAAGGCAGCUGGCCUCUGCCGCUCAGAUCUAGACAUGGUCGACUCGCAACCAGGUUCGGAUCCAUACGCGACGGCGGUCGAUGUACCAUACACCCUGGGUCACGAAAACGCAGGAGUCAUCGAGGUGUUGGGUGAAGGCGUCACGGAUCUCAAAGUCGGUGAAGGUGUCGCCGUCCGCCACAUGCCUCACUGUUCCCACUGCGAGUUCUGCAUCCGUGGCAUCGAGCAACAUUGCGAGACUUACAAGAGAGGCGCCAUCGAAAUCACUCGCGGCACAGGAUUCGACGGUGGUCUUGCCGAGUUCAUGAUAUGUCCUCGCGACCAGCUCGUCAGUAUCGGAAAUGAGGAUCCCAUCCAAUAUGCCCCUCUGAUGGAUGCCGGCGUCACAGCUUACCACGCCGUGGGCACGAUUAAGGAUCGACUCAGGCCUGGUUCGUCGACUCUGGUGAUCGGUUGCGGUGGCUUGGGAGUCUACGCGAUCCAGUUUCUCCUUCUCUUGAUGGGCGUCAGGGUGUAUGCAGUUGACAUCAGUGAACACCGUCUGAAUCUCGCCAAUGAGUUAGGAGCAAAGCGCUCGUUUAAGGCUGGACCCAAUGCUUACAAGGAGAUUCUGGAAGAGACCAACGGAAAAGGCAUUGAUGGGAUCAUUGACUUCGUCGGCAGCAACGCAAGUCUGGAUUUGGCGAUGAAGGUUUCCAGGCCUCAGGGUCGGGUCGUCCUCGUGGGGAUGGACAUGGGCACCGUCGAAGUUGGUUGGAACAAGAUUGCCACGAGCUGUGAAUUUGCCAUCAGUCUGGGCUCGACUCGCAGGGAUUGCGAAGAAGUGUGCUAUCUUGCCGGGGCGGGAAAACUCAAGAUCGACAUUGACAGAUUCCCCUUCGACAAGGUUCCCGAGGCAUACCAGGCGCUUCGAGACGGUAAACUCACAGGAAGAGCUGUGAUCAAAUUUGACUAA